UCGACGGCUUUCAACUCAGCUGCUUCUUGGACAAUCGCUGAUUGUCUCACUGAGGAAAGGCGCCAAUUUUAAUUGGUCAUAUCGAAGGGGAAAAAGAAGAAACUCAUCCUGAAGCUCAUCCACAACUGGUUGCAUUUACUGGAUCAACGUGUAUCCAGCACCACUGGAGGUUGCAGUUUUUCUUCAGGAAAAGAAACAUUUAUACGGUCGCACUAUGAGGGAAAUAAUGAUACUAAUACUCCUAAUCCCUAGCCUCAUUUCCGCUACAUCCUAUUCUAAUACUCCUCUCUCUGACUCGAGCGGAAUCUUUUAUCAAAAAUUAGGAAUAGCAAAAAUUUCCAAUACGGAACUACAUCUUGUGACACAUAUUAAUAUAACCUACCUGUCGCAACUUAAGGCUCUCUUAGAAAACUAUUUAACGAGAUCACAAAAGCUUUGUAAUUUAAUGUUAAAUCGAACGGAAAAUAGCAACAGUGAACAUUUUCGAUGUGAGCAAACCCUUCAAUCUGUUCGAAGUGAAUUAAAAAAUAUAGAGAAUAAGGGAGAAAUACUCAAUGCUUUGACCGGAAUUAGUCACGAAAAUCGCAAACGACGCGGAUUAAUCAACGGUGCUUCUUACAUAUUAAAUUGGUUGAUAGGAACACCAGACGCCGAUGACGCGCAAUACUAUUCCGAAAGCAUUAAGUCUCUUUUAAAUGAUAAUAGGCAAACUCAAGUUCUUCUAAAAUCCCAAAUACAAGUCGUUACGAGCACAAUAAAGAACUUCAAUAAUUCCAUACAGUCUUUAAAACAAACAGAAGAUAUAAUGAAUAGCAAUAUGAAAGCAAUCAAUAAGUACAUGGUAAAAACAGGAAAUCUCAUCUCUGAUCUUUCAAUACAGUCAGUUAUUUUGCAACAAGUUUCCACUCUACUAUCCUUGUGUACUCAAAUCUCUGACUAUUACAACAAAUACAUUGAAGCAAUUAACUUAAGUAAUCAUAAUAUAAUUUCACCGUUUAUAAUAACACCCAAAGACUUUUGCGAAGAAUUAACCAAGUACAGUGGCGAAUUCGAAUUGGUAAUCACGCCAAAUUACAAGAACAUUCAAAAAAUAUAUAAACUAGUUAAGCUUCAGAAUAUAAUGAUGAACGAUCUAGUAGUAUUCAUUGUCAAAAUACCACUCGUGAGGAGGACAACUUUUGAUUUGUAUCAUUUAAUACCAUUACCUAUCCAACAUGAAAACAAUUCAAUCUUUUCAUUCAUCAUACCACGAAAACCAUAUUUACUCCUCUCCCAAUCUAAAUCCCAUUAUACCCUCCUAUCGGAAUUGAAGGAUUGUAACCAGUACCUGGAAGGAAAGUACGUAUGCACCGAUAUACAUACGGCAAAGACUACCGAAGACUCCACAUGUGAAGUACUACUGCUGACAUCACAUAUGGAUCAUCUACCACGGGACUGUUCAACUAAAACGAUACACGCCGAAGUCGAAACAUGGAAAUACGUUUCGAACAACCAAUGGCUCUACGUUUUACAACACCCUACUACUCUGACGAUCAUCUGCGGGGAGGAUAAGGACCACAUGGAAGAUAUCGUCCUUCAAAAAACAGGGAUGCUACAACUGCACAAUAAUUGCAAAGGAUACACCAUGCUGUUCUCACUAGAACCUACUAGCCAGGUGAAUAGAAAUGUAACUCACCUUGUUCCAAGAAUGAACAUAAUAUCGAGUGACUGUUGCAUAUCGGCACCCGACUAUGUUAAACAAGACACACCAACAGCUUUAAAACCGAUCAAACUCGUGAAUAUUGAUUUAAACGAUUUAAAAUAUAACAACAAAAAGCUCAACGAAUUUGACGAGAUGCUAACCCAACGAUUGAAGGAACCGUUUAUCGUCACGCACACAAGCUGGUAUACGAUAAUCUUAUGCGUAAUUGGUGCCAUUCUAUUUUUGAUCAUUUGCGGAAACUGCUGCCAUUGGCUGGGAUGUUGGAGGUUGCUGAAACGACUCUGCUGCUUCACCAGAAGUCCUAACACAGGGGAAAUAAUACCUCCUGUAAUCAAGAAUUUCGUAAAUUGCACCUUUGAUUCAAGUGACCACACGGAACAUCGGGAGCAUUCUACAGAGAUGGUUGUAUACGAGAGGCACGGGGAAAUCCAAGUUUCCACAGAACCAACCAUGGACCAACAUCAGCUACAGCUCACGCCGCUAUCUACAAGAAGAUACAAUCUCCGAUCUAAAAAUGUACCACGAUCUCGAAAAAGCACAACACCUUUAUAACUACAUAUGUAUCAUAAUUAAUAAUCUCUCAAAUGAUAGACUACUCUAACUAUUUAAAUUAA